AUGGAAGAGGCAAAGAAGAAACGAUCAUCGACUUUAUUACUAGAAGAUUUACCAAACGAAAUCUUUCGUCAAAUCUUUUCUUAUGUUAACGGUGCUCAUGCUUUUCUUGCAUUUUCAUCCCUGAAUUAUCGUUUCCAAUGUUUAAUACUCGAUUAUUGCACAACAUUCGACUUCAAAUCGAUUGAGAAAACGCAGUUCGAUUAUGUUUUUCGAUAUCACAACACACGACAAUGGACAGCACUACAACUUGUCAACGAUAAGAAUACACCAGGACAAAUCGAAUAUUUCAUCGAGAAGUAUUCUUCGUUCAAAGAUUUCACUCAUCUAAAAUCAUUGUCUUUGGUGAGCACUGACUACACUUAUGAGUGCGUUAUAUUGAAGCUUGCACCCAUUCUUGAGAAUAUUGUAACGUUGACCGUCAACUCUCGGGAAAGUUCACAACUAGCUGCUUUGAACUUACCGAAAUUGAAACAUCUUGUUAUUCUUCAACAUUAUGACACACUAGCAGAUCACCUGCACAGUAUCUCUCAACUUGAGAGCUUGGAAGUUCGUGUGACUGGUCGAGGAUAUUUCGUUGAUAAUAGGAUGUGGCCCACAAAGUUGAAAAAAUUGAAAGUCACUUUCAAGUCCAUGUACUAUCUUCACGAGUUCGCGAAUUCUUUGAAAACUUUAUCUCAAUUAGAAACUCUCGAGAUCUAUCAAAUGCAAAUGACACGCGAACAUCUUGACGGUGAUGUCUGGGAAAGCAUCAUUUCAUCUUCACUUCCUUUGCUCAAGCAUUUCAAGUUUUACUUUCACUUUACAUAUUCGUACUCAUUGAAUGCCAACAAUGAAAUUCAACACAUAAUCGAUUCCUAUUCGACCCCAUUUUACACCAUAGAAAACAAUUGGUUCAUUCGUUGUCAUUACAAGAAACACGUUAAGCAUAAUGAAGCAAAUAUAAUUCUUUAUACAUUGCCAUGCGAUCUUGACCAAAUGACGAUCAAUACAAAAUAUUUUGAUGAAUACGUUACUACAUUACCCAAUGACAAAGACAAGAGUGUUUAUAAAGUCAGAUAUUCGAAUGUAAAGAAACUGAUUAUUAACGAUUUGAUACCAUUUCACGAAAACUUCUGCCAAAUGAAUCUUGAAGAGCUGAAACUAAAGUAUUAUAUAAACUUCAAUCAAUGGUCAUAUGUUUUACGGAAUCUGCGCAGUUUAGAAAUCGAUACGAACGUACGAGUAUGGUCGAAAAUGUUUAUUCAUUUGUUCGACUGUGCUCCAAAUUUAUGCGAGCUGAAGAUCGAAAAAAAUCUUCUUCGUGGAAUAACUUCAGCGUGGACGGAUCGAAACCUACGUAAUUCCUUCGGAAGACAAAUUCAUUCAUUAGACUUACGAUUUAAUCGUAGUGAUCUAAGUAAUAGGGAACUGAGACAAAUCCUACCAUUUAUCCACCGUUGUCGACACCUUACGAUUAACUAUGAUAUCAAAAUAGGAAAGAUUAUUUACAUUUUACAAAACAUGCGUUACCUUCAAGAUCUACGUUUUAAAAUGCCUCCAACAUGUAAAUCAAACUUGGGAACCGAACUAGAAGAACGAAAAAUCUUUCUAACUUUCAAUUGCUUUCUCACUAGAUAUGGACGUGAGUAUUAUCACUGUAGGAAAUAUUCACAUUUCGAAACUGCCUUGCGACCCACGAAAAGCAAUAAGCGUUAG